AUGGCCUUGGCCCCCCCGCGCCACGCCAGCCCCAGCCUCACCACCCCCCAGCCUCACUACCUCCCCGGCUACAGAGGGCACUGCCCCCGCCUCAAGUUCACCCUGGGCGAGACCUAUGGAAAGCUCACCUCGCAGCUGCUGAGCAGCCCGGAGGGGCCGUGCCAUGGCCAGCUACUCCUGCAGUCCACCUGGAUCCCCCCUGCCUAUCGUGGCCUCGUGGAGGAGGAGGCUGGAGAGGGCCCAGGGGCCAAUGCCAGCUUCUUCAGUUCCUGCACAAUUCCAGGAUAUACCGGCUUCAUCCCCCGGGCGCAGAACCACUUUGCCAAGACCUACGGCCAGGUCUGCAAGGAGGCCCAGCAGGAGUUUGCGAGGCAGCUGGCGAGGGGCGCCGGGGAGAGGCGGGCAUGCCAAGCUGCAAGGACUCCACCACAGGAUGCCAAGCCGGAGUUUGACCUCCCCCCUGCCGAAGAGAAGCUUCCAGUGGCAACUCCUGCCCCCCCUGGGCCCAGCUGUGCUCCUCACAGAGAACCUGAUGCAGCAGCGGAGGGUGGCGAGCCCCAGAAGUCUUUCGUUCCAGGCUUCACAGGCUUCAUCCCCCGUGCCCGCUAUUUGAUCGGGGCCAGCUACCCGAGCCUGACCCGCCGGGCCUGGGCGGAGUUUCGACAGAUGCUUCGGAAAGAAGGGCAGGAGACCUCUUGGGAGAGCAGCGCUCGCUGGAAGGGCAACGGCCAAGUCUUGCCACCGCUGGUGAAGACCUACCCCGCCGACAAGGGCCUCCUGCCCCACUACCAAGGCUAUGUGCCAGGCUACAAGUUCCGGUUUGGCCACACCUACGGCCACCUCACCUACGACGCCCUGGGCCGGAGCACACCGGAGAAGCUGACGCUGCCAGAUCGUCUGCUGUAG